AAUAUAAGAAAUUUGUUUAAUUGAAAAUGAUAAUAAAAAUCUGAAGCAUCCUAAAGAAUGGGAGGAGAAAGUGGAGGCCAGAAGCCAAAAUCUCUGAGCAGCUACUCUUCGACCUCGUCAUCCUCAUCGUCGUCCUCAUGUUUCUCACACUUUUGGUCGUCGGCUCUAAGAGUCAAGACCAUCAACCCUUAUUCGGAUGUCUCCGUCCGUACAAAUUCCGGUGAUGGUCUCAUUCGCCGCCUUGACAUCUUUGACCUUGUUCUUCUCGGUGUCGGCGCCUCUAUUGGCGCCGGAAUUUUUGUUGUUACUGGCACCGUAGCUCGAGAUGCUGGCCCUGGAGUUACAAUUAGUUUUGCUCUAGCUGGAAUAUCCUGUGUGCUUAAUGCCCUCUGUUAUGCCGAGCUUUCUUCUCGUUUUCCUGCUGUUGUCGGUGGAGCAUACCUGUAUACAUAUUCAGCUUUCAAUGAGCUCACUGCCUUUCUUGUUUUCGCACAACUAAUGCUUGACUACCAUAUUGGGGCAGCUAGCAUAGCUCGCAGCUUGGCAAGCUAUGUUGUUACUAUUCUAGAACUCUUUCCAUUUUUCAAAGGUAACAUUCCAGAUUGGAUUGGCCAUGGGGGUAAAGAGUUCUUUGGAGUUUUGUCCAUCAAUAUAUUGGCUCCAAUUCUCCUUGUACUUCUUACUUUGAUUCUUUGUUGGGGUGUUGGUGAAUCCUCUGCUGUAAACUCAUUCAUGACUGCGUUAAAGAUCGUUAUAGUUCUUAUUGUCAUUAUCGUUGGUUCUUUUGAGGUUGAUACUACAAAUUGGUCUCCUUUUGCCCCAAAUGGUGUGAAAGAGAUACUAACCGGAGCUACUGUAGUGUUCUUUGCAUAUGUUGGAUUCGAUGCAGUUGCUAAUUCAGCUGAGGAAUCAAAGAGACCACAGCGUGAUCUACCAAUAGGCAUAAUGGGUAGCCUUCUGGUAUGUAUUGCUCUAUACAUAGGUGUCUGUUUAGUGAUUACUGGAAUGGUACCUUACAAGUUACUUGGGGAAGAUGCUCCACUGGCUGAUGCUUUUACGUCCAAGGGUUUAAAAUAUGUGUCUGUUUUGAUAAGCGUUGGUGCUGUAGCUGGACUGACAACAACCCUUCUAGUUGGUCUUUUUGUUCAGUCUCGGUUGUACCUUGGCCUUGGAAGGGACGGCUUAUUACCUUCAAUAUUUGCUAGAGUAAACUUGAAAAGCCACACUCCAGUUCAUUCUCAAGUCUGGGUUGGAGUUGUUGCUGGAGUCUUGGCAGGGCUCUUUAAUGUGCAUGUGCUAUCCCAUAUUCUUUCAGUUGGGUCUUUGACAGGCUACUCUGUUGUUGCCGCAUGUGUUGUAUCUCUUCGCUGGAGGGAUAAAGCAGAAGGCCGGUUAUCUUCCUCAACCUGGAGGGAAGGUGUCAUCUGCCUAUUCUUGGUUGCCCUAGGCGGGUUUGGUGCUGGGCUAUCCUAUCGCUUGAACGCUUCAUUUAUAUAUGCACUCUUAACUUUAGUUAUUGCCGUACUAGCUUGUAUAGCUCUUAUGCUCCGCCAAGCUUAUGCAGAUAUGCCAGGGUUCUCCUGUCCUGGGGUUCCUGUUGUCCCAGCCGUAUGCAUCUUCUUCAACAUGUUCCUAUUUGCUCAGUUACACUACGAAGCUUGGAUCAGAUUCAUCGUUCUCAGCAUUAUUACAAUCGUAGUUUAUGCAUUUUAUGGACAAUAUCACGCUAAUCCAAAUUCAGAAGGGACAGUAAUCUAUCACAGAGCUGCUAGUGAAGAACCUCGAUGAUGAUUUAUCAGGAAUGCCCCACACACCUGGGUAUAUUGUUGGCCUGUUGUACACUUGUGGUCGUAGCAUUAGGUAGUCUAGUUAACAUUCAUUUCUCUAUUUUAUGAGAUUGUGUAUUACUUCAUCCUUUUUUGUGAUGUUCAAUAACAAUAAUGUGUAUCAUGAAAAAUCCAACAUUAAGACUUGUGCAUGAUUCUUGCUUCACUAAUAAUAAAACCAUUACCAGAUCAGAA